AGAACGGAAGAGAGAGAGGGAGAGAAAGGAAAUAGAUGAGAGGGUGAUCGGGUGUUGCCGAGUGCAUCUUCCAUUUUCCUGUAGUGCCUACGUGUCGUCGUGAUUUCAUUAGUUGGUGCAAAAAUGAGUUUUAAACCCAUCGAGACUUUUCCCUUUGUGUAAUGCCAUUGGUGAAGGUAACUGUAUAAUACCAUGAUCGAGCUCAUGAACAGCAUACAAAGCCCAACAACAAGACACGGCCUAUAAGUUUUUGUAUAAUGCCAUGAUCAAGCCCAUGAACAGCAUACGAUGCCCAACAACAAGACACGACCUACUCGCUCAGGUAAAAGUAACCCAAGCUGAGCCCAUAAAUAUAAGUUAAUCAGAACCGUGGGGAGGGGAUGGACUCUGCAAGGAGAGCUGCUUCAGCUCCGGAGCGAGUCUGGCAGUGAGAGGCGAACUUACAUCGCAAGAAUGAUGGAGGAUGAGAAGGAAGGUGGUAGGACCUACGGCCACUGGUGGUGGGCCCUUGCAAGUGGGGCUCAGUUAGGGUUGGGCGUAUCGUCUUACAGAAGGGGCUACGCCGGCGACUCACGCCUCAUGCCCUUGAAAGCCUUCGUCGUCGCCUCUCUCUUCGUCGGCGCCGCUGCCUCUACCGCCGUAUCAGUUCUCAAGGCCUCCGGCAUCCACAAGGUGGAGGACCUCAUGGAAGUGGGUGCAAAUAUAAGAGCUGGACUUGGUGUUCGUCCAAGGGCGAGAGAUGAAUAAGAAUAUAUUCAUAUAUUUGAGUAUCGAAGAUUUUCGUUAUUUUGUAGGGUUUGAAAUUGUGUUUAUAAGGACUUUGGCUUUGUCUUAUUCUCAUUUUUCGAAGGUCAAUAUAUGUAUACUCUUUAUGAAAGCAAAUCCAAUUUUAGAGAUAACACAGCCUUUGUGCAUGUGCAAAAGACACCUACGGUUACUCUUUUCUAUUCUUUGCAAAAGAAACUAGCAGAUGCUUUCUAUA